UACCUGGGAGCCGCCCUGUUUGCUCUCCUUAUCGCCCGCCGCCGCGACUUUGGGCUGCGAGAAGCCCUUGAGGCCGCGGCAGACGCGCCGCUCGCAAACAGCAGCGGCAGCGGCGGCGGCGGCGGCGCCUGGGCAGCCGGGGACGGCGGCGGCAAGUGGCAGGGUGCGUCAGACCUGGAGCUGGACGUGAAGUCUUCGGGGGACUUGAGCGCCGCGGCGGACGCCAUCGGGGUCGGCGUCAGCGCGUGCGGCGUCAACGGGUACGAGGAGCCGCUGCUGGGCGCCGACGGCGGCGGGCUCGCGGGGCCGCGGGCGCACCACCGGCCGGCGGCCGCGGCCGCCGUUGGCGGCGGCCUCCUGCCGCCCGGCCCGCUGAAAGCCCGGUACAGCGGAAAGGGCGCGCGGAGGGGCGGGGCCAGGGGCCUGACGCUGCGUCGCAAGGUGGUGCUGCUGCUGUGGUCCCUCCCCUG